CUCAAACCGCGCCCCUUCCAGCACACACGCACCAGGCUAUAGUUACACUUAGCGCCUGAGAACGAAGCAUGCCUGCUGUGCUUGGAUGCUGUGUUUGUUUUAAAGGGGUGAAAUAUCAACCAUUCUGGUCAAGACAUGUAAAAAAAAGUUAGAGGUGUCCCUGACAUUGUGCCACACUUCCUAACUUAAUGAUGAGCCUUUGCUGUCGGAGUGUAUGUUGUCAGCUCGGAUCGCAUGGACUCUCCUCACGCUUCAGCUGAAUAUACAUAUAUUUUUUUGUUCAACAUAUACAGAGACGAGAGAGGGAGAGAGGAAAAAAAUAGGAGGGGGCUUGUUGCUUUGGUGAUUCACACGUUGCCUACUCCACUGCCCGAGAGCCGCCGUGAGUCCUUUUGGAGUGGGCUGCAAUUUGCAGGUCGUGGUCUCGAGCACAGCUCUGCCUAGAACGAGUAAGUGACUGAGUGAGAGGUUUUCUAACUAUGUGUGCAGUCUGUGGCUCGCUUUCUUUGCAAUGUCGUUCCUGUUGUGAGACUGGGAUCUUAAAACAAACAAACAAGAAUAAUAACACAGACACAAACAAACACAAAUAAUAAGGAAAUGUAAUCUUGGAUAAACCGAAAAAGCUUGCUGUGGACUGUGCUUCAGAGCGUGAUAAGAUAAAAGUAGACCAACCUGCUAUUUUGGAACUGUAAAGACGAUUCGUAUCAUGUUCAUAUUGUGAAUAUAAACAUUUUACUAUUGCAUGUACAGAAUGCCGGGGUAGACUUUUAUGCCGACUCUCAAAUGUGUCGCUACCGAAGCUGAGUUACUCCGGUAACCUAUUUCCCUUUUUUUGCCUGUUGCCUUCAAACUAACAGCUACCGAGAGUAGCAUGGCUUUGGACAACACACGUGAAAAAAGCUUAUCUUUUACUUCAAUGGUAAUAGAAGACACAAUGAGGAACGGCAGGGGCCUUUCAGAUCAGUGGGCGGACACCGUAGUGGUAAGACCCAGGACCACGGAGCGGCACAUCACCGUACACAAACGACUGGUUCUGGCUUUCGCUAUCUCCAUUCUGACCCUCAUCGUUGUGACCGUCAUCGCUGUGCUGCUCAGUGUCAAAUUCGAAGAGUGCAACGCGGACAGCACCACCAGCGCCUCUCAUGGGAACCUCACCAAGUUCAACCAGUCAAGGGACGCGCUUUUCAACCACAGGGGCGAAGACUCCUUCCAGCCCUGGCGGCAGUUGAGGUUACCCGGUUCACUGAGACCUCUCCAGUAUGACCUGCACAUUACCGUCUUCAUGGACAACUUUACUUUCUCUGGAGAGGUCAGCAUUGAACUGCAGUGUCUCAACUCCACAAAGUACGUCGUCCUGCACGCGGACAGGCUGGCGGUGCAGAAAGCAGUGGUGUACUCAGAAGGCAAAAAGACUAGAGCGCUCAAGAUUCACCGGCAAUUUAGAUAUCCAGCGAAUCAAGUUUUUGUUAUCGCUAUGCACAGAGAACUAGAGUCCCAGAAAAAUUACAAAGUAAACAUAACUUUUCAAGCUCACAUAGAGGAUGAACUACUUGGUUUUUUUCGCAGUUCCUAUGUAUUGUACGGAGAAAAAAGGUAUCUUGCAGUAACCCAGUUUUCUCCCACUCAUGCAAGAAAGGCCUUUCCCUGUCUUGACGAACCUAUCUAUAAAGCAACAUUUAAAAUCAGCAUGAAGCACGAAAGCACAUAUUUGUCUCUGUCCAACAUGCCGGUCGAAGCCUCAAUUUCUGAAGAAGAUGGAUGGGUCACUGACUAUUUUUCUAGGACUCCUCGAAUGUCCACUUACUAUCUUGCUUGGGCAGUGUGCAAUUUCACAUUCAAGGAAACUGUUACAGAUAGCGGUAUCACAAUACGGUUGUAUGCCAGACCUGACGCAAUCCAAAGAGGAUCGGGAGACUAUGCGCUGCAUAUCACAAAGAGACUUCUAGGGUUUUAUGAAGACUAUUUCAAAGUGAAGUAUUCUCUACCCAAACUAGAUCUUUUAGCUGUGCCUAAACACCCGUAUGCUGCGAUGGAGAACUGGGGACUGAGUGUGUUUGUCGAGCAGAAGAUAUUACUGGAUCCAGGAGUCUCAUCAAUUUCAUACUUGAUGGAUGUCACUAUGGUUAUCGUACAUGAAAUAUGCCACCAGUGGUUUGGGGACCUGGUGACACCAGUGUGGUGGGAGGAUGUUUGGCUAAAAGAGGGAUUUGCCCAUUUCUUUGAAUUCUUGGGUGCAGACUUCCUCUUCCCAGACUGGCACAUGGAGAAGCAGAGGUUCCUGACGGAUGUUCUACACGAGGUGAUGCUACUUGAUGGCCUCGCCAGCUCCCACCCCAUAUCCCAGGAGGUGCUGAAGGCAACAGACAUAGACAGAGUGUUUGACUGGAUUGCCUAUAAAAAGGGUGCUGCAUUAAUCCGAAUGCUUGCAAAUGUUAUGGGACAGCCAGUGUUCCAGAUGGGAUUAAACGAUUACCUGAUAACUCAUAUGUAUGGCAAUGCAGGAAGAGAUGACCUGUGGAACAAGUUCUCUGAGGCGAUGCAGAAGGAAGGAAGGGAUAUAAAUAUAAAGGAAGUGAUGGAUCUCUGGACACUGCAGAUGGGCUACCCGGUGGUCACCAUCACAAAGAACGACAGCGUGGACAACAGCGUAACGAUCAGCCAGGAACACUUCAUCUUUGACAUCAAGCAUUCUGCGCCCUCAAACAGCAGCUUCCAGUGGCAAAUUCCAUUAACGAUUUCAGUAGGAAAUUCAAGUCACAUUUCCCCCGAAUCAAUCAUAUGGGUUUCUAAUAGAUCAGAAUCCCACAAAAUCGGCUCAGUGGAUGAUGGGAGUUGGUUGCUUGGAAACAUAAACCAAACCGGAUACUUCAGGGUAAACUAUGAUCUCAGAAACUGGAGACUUUUAAUUGAACAGCUGAUGAGGAACCCUGAGGUGAUUUCCGUUGGUAACCGCGCAGCCCUCAUCGACGAUGUGUUUAAUCUUGCCAGGGCUGGAUACUUGCCCCAGAACAUUCCUCUUGAGAUAGUGCGCUACCUUUCUCAAGAGAAGGAGUUUCUGCCCUGGCACGCAGCCAGUCGUGUGCUCUAUCAUCUUGACAAACUGCUGGACCGCACAGAAGAAUACAGCAUCUUUAGUGAAUACAUAUUGAAGCAAGUUGCCUCAAUGUAUCACAAGCUUGGCUGGCCCACAAGUGCUGUGAAUGGCUCUGUUGCGCAAGCCACUUAUCAGACUGAGGAGCUACGCCGAGAAGUUAUUAUGUUAGCCUGCAGCUUCGGGAGCAAGCACUGUCACCAGCAGGCGAUAACUCUUAUUUCUGAAUGGAUAUCAAGCAACAAAAACAGAAUCCCACCAAAUGUCAGAGACAUCGUUUACUGCACUGGAGUGUCACUAAUGGACGAGGAUGUGUGGGAGUUCAUAUGGAUGAAAUUCCACUCGUCGACUGCCAUCUCAGAGAAAAAGGUGCUGCUGGAGGCACUGACUUGCAGUGAUAACACAUUCCUAUUGAACAGACUGCUGAACCUCUCUUUGAGCUCUGAUCUGGUUCCCGAUCAGGAUGUCAUUGACGUCAUUAUUCACGUGGGCCGCAACCCGCAUGGCAGACAUUUAGCCUGGAAGAACUUCAGAGAAAAGUGGGACAUUUUAAAUACCAGGUAUGGAGAAGCCUUGUUUAUAAAUUCCAAACUCAUUAAUGGUGUUACAGAGUUUCUAAACACAGAGGCUGAGCUUAAUGAGCUAAAGGACUUUAUACAGACCAACGGAGGUGGGGCCGCGGCUGCCUUUGCACGGGCUGUGGAAAUUGUGGAAGCUAAUGUGAGAUGGCACAGUCUCUUUGAAGAAGAAUUUUUCCAGUGGCUUAGGAAAUCUCCAACCAGUUAAUCUGUGACAAUUAUAAAUAUUUAUAGCAUGGCAUCUCUUUGAAACAUUUUUACUCUUAAAAAAAUAUAAUAAUAAUAAUAAUAAUAAUAAUAAUAAUAAUAAUAAUAAUAAUAAUAAUAAUUUAAGACGGAGAAGAACUUGAUCUGAAUUGCAAAUUGCGCUCUAAUAAUUUUCCUGCAACAUGAAAAGAAACCUUUCUGUUAAAAAAAAGAAAAGAGGGUGGUGUAUUUUCCCUUGCAUUUGCAGGGCAAAAGAAUGUUAUUAAAAAAUAUUGCAUGAUGUUAUUUCUCUUCAGUUGAGACAUUUUUAAUUGCAGAGUAUUUUUUGUGCAUGGUUGUUCAAUCCCUCACCGGUAUUCCAGCAUGCUCAUUUGCAUUACAAGAUUUCCCAGUCCUGUGUAGCUAAAUUACUCUCAUGUACGACACACAAAAGAAAAAAAGGGCAUUAUUAUACAAUUGUUUAAAGCACAACUACUAAUGACAAUCAGUGUUUUCAUUUGGAAAAAUCUAAAUCUCUUCAGAAGGCUCCAAAUUAAAGAGACAGUAUACUAAUAUAAAGUUAUUGUACAGGUAUAUGUUGUUAUGCAAACCAAACAUAGUAAUUUAAUACAUGUUCCUGUAGCUGCAACACCAGAGCUAUCGGUUGCAGAAAUGUAUCUAUGUAUGUAUGUAUGUAUGUAUGUAUGUAUAUAUAUAUAUAUAUAUAUAUAUAUAUAUAUAUAUAUAUAUAUAUAUAUAUAUAUAUAUGUACUUGAUUGGAAUAUGGGUCAUGCCACACUAAAAUGUCAUUGAUAUCACUGUUCUUUUUAUGCUCUCAGAAUGCACUGCAUGAGUUCUGUGGAGUUCUGUAGGAACGAGGUGACUUCUAAAAACGCCAGAGCAUGGUGGCUGUUUAUGUAGAAUUACCUGAUAACUGUUUUUAUUAGCAGCCCAGUACCAAAACGCCAAUGAGAUAUUAACCGAGAAUUGUGUCUUGCUGGAGGGCAUAAGCACACACUGUCGUUUGUUUGCACUGAGCCCCUUUCGAUCAUUUGCCUAAUUUAGUCCGCUACAAAUCCCUUUGAAUUAAUGUGUUGAACUCACAGGCUUAUCCACCUGAUCCAAGACCCUUAUUAAAAAUACAUAAAUAAGAUGUUAAUUUUGCUCAAGUAACAGCCUAACACACAGGUUAGUGAUGACCUGAGUUUCAUGCAUAAUACAGUAGACCUCAAAAACACAUAUUGUCCCAUUUUCAAUGAAGUGUUGACAGAGCUGCUUUUCCAAAUGAGAGUCUGUAUCUUCUGUAUUUUAAGCGAAGCAUCUAUGGAAUUCUAACUCUGAUAAUAUUUUUUUUGUACAGUAAUGCAUCACUGUCUGGAUUUGUGACAUGUUCAGAUGUGGGCUUGUGGAGCCAACUCCGGCUCUGUGAUUAUAUUUCCAUUUUGACUUGAUAAGCCAGUUUUUUUUGUAUUAACAUUUAAGUGGAUUCACAUCUAGUGGCAGAGCAAAGGAAAAGAAAGAAGACAAGAAAUGGUCUUGUUUUUUCUCUGACAUGCGUAAUUUUUCAAAUCCACCCACAGGGCUGACUGGAUGUGCAAACUACAAGGUGUUUAAAUGCAGCAAUGGUCCUUUAUUGUCAGCAAAAGAAAACAUUUUCUAUUAAGAUAAAUGUAUAAAUAAUGGCCUUCUUCUCUUGUUUUAAUAAAAUGAUUGUGUACUGAA